GUGCACGCGUGGGAGAUCUCGGACCAGCUCCUGCAGAUCCGGCAGGAUGUGGAAUCCUGCUACUUCGCGGCGCAGACCAUGAAGAUGAAGAUCCAGACGUCGUUCUACGAACUGCCCACGGACUCGCACGCGUCGCUGCGGGACUCCCUGCUCUCCCACAUCCAGAACUUGAAGGACCUGUCCCCCGUCAUCGUCACGCAGCUCGCUCUAGCAAUAGCAGACCUUGCCCUGCAAAUGGCCUCCUGGAAGGGCUGCGUACAGACACUGGUGGAAAAGUACAGCAACGAUGUCACCUCGCUGCCCUUCCUGCUGGAGAUCCUCACGGUGCUGCCCGAGGAGGUUCACAGCCGAUCCCUGCGCAUCGGAGCCAACCGCCGCACGGAGAUCAUCGAGGAUCUGGCUUAUUAUUCCAGCACGGUCGUGUCCCUGCUGAUGACGUGCGUGGAGAAGGCGGGCAACGACGAGAAGAUGCUCAUCAAAAUCUUCCGCUGCUUGGGGAGCUGGUUCAACCUGGGCGUCCUGGACAGCACCUUCAUGGCAAACAGCAAGUUGCUGUCCCUGCUCUUCGAGGUGCUGCAACAAGACAAGACGUCGUCCAACCUGCACGAGGCGGCGUCGGACUGCGUGUGCUCGGCGCUCUACGCCAUCGAGAACGUGGAGACCAACCUGCCCCUGGCCCUGCAGCUCUUCCAGGGCGUCCUCACCCUCGAGACCGCCUACCACAUGGCCGUGGCACGGGAGGACCUGGACAAGGUGCUCAAUUACUGCCGCGUCUUCACCGAGCUCUGCGAGACCUUCCUGGACAAGAUCGUCUGCACGCCGGGCCAGGGCCUGGGCGACCUGCGCACGCUGGAGCUGCUGCUCAUCUGCGCCGGCCACCCGCAGUACGAGGUGGUGGAAAUUUCCUUCAACUUCUGGUACCGCCUGGGCGAGCACCUGUACAAGACGGACGACGCCGUCAUCCACAGCAUCUUCAAGGCCUACAUCCAGCGGCUGGAGGGUGUCCCGGAGGAGACCGAUGACUUCGGGGAGUUCCGCAUGCGGGUCUCGGACCUGGUCAAGGACCUCAUCUUCCUGGUGGGCUCGGUGGAGUGCUUUGCUCAGGUGGGUGCGCGGGAGCGUCGCGCUGCCAGCGGGGUGGCCCUGGCCCUGCCACGUGUCCCCAAGAGGAAGUGUCUGGCCCUGCCACGUGUCCCCAAGGGGGAAGCUCAUCUCUACGCCACCCUGAAGGACGGGAACCCUCCCUGGGAGGUGACGGAGGCCGUCCUCUUCAUCAUGGCCUCCAUCGCCAAGAGCGUGGACCA